AUGGCAGACAAUAGUCAACUUCUUCAGAAUGGAUCGCCUUCCGAUCAUUUGCCCGCCAUAGAACUUAUUCCAAAUCCAGAAAACCACGGAAACCCUAUGUCAGAAAAAGAUCAUUAUUCUUCGUCAUUGACCAGUCAACCUCAAAAUCAAAGUUGUCUUGACAACAUAGGAUCUGAUGAGAAUAUCAAUGAUCCCGGGCCCUUACAUGCACUAGAGGCUCAACUGCAAAGCUUGAGAAUUGGAUCAAACCAUGUCUAUGGGAAUAUUAAUAUUACAAACCAACCAAUACUAACUGCUGGAAACUUUGCCAUUGGACCAAGGCAUGCUUAUGAUGAAAGACUACUUCAAGGAAAUAAUGUUGUAGACCAGCGAAGCCAAGUUUGGAACUCUGAGAUUGAGCCAAGUCAUGUUUAUAACAGACUAUGUCAUGGAAAUAAUACAAACCAGCAAAGCCUGGUAGGAUACUUCGGGAGUGGACCAAGCCAUGUUUUUGGAAAUCAGCAAACCCUAGUUGGAAACUUUGGGAUUGUACCAACCCAUGUUUUUGGAAAUAAUACAAACCAGCAAACCCUAGUUGGAAGCUUUGGGAUUGCACCAAGCCAUGUUUAUGAAGGACUAGCUAAUGGAAACAAUACAAACAAGCAAACCCUAGCUGGGAACGCAGGCAUUGGACCAAGCGACGUUUCUAAUUCUUCUUCUUCUGCAGCAAGGGUCGUCAUGAGACAGAGAUAUAAUAACAUAACAUCUCUGGAAGUUGUGAAGGGAAUGGUAGCUUCAAUCUCAAAAGAGGAAGAUGGAAGUGAAUUUCUGCUUAGAAUGUUGGAUGGGAAGAACCCCAGAGACAUUAAUUUCAUUUCAACAGAGGUGUUGGAUGACCUACAUGAUUUAAUGAUGGACCAGUUCGGAAAACGUGUGAUUCAAAAGAUAUUUGAUGUGCUCAAAGAGGAUCAGUUAACCCUCCUGUUUGAAUUCAUCACUAAUAACCUGGUCAAGUUUCAGAAUGAUAUUUUAGGUGCAAUGGCAUCAGAAUGCAGUCUUAUUGCCGCAAACAAGACCGGUUGUUCUGUUCUUCAAACAUGUCUAUCUAUAGCUCCCCCACAAUCUUGUUUCUUGUUGAUUUGCGCAAUUAGCCGUCGCGUAUCAUUGCUAGCACCACAUCAAUACGGGAACUAUGUGGUUCAGUAUGUAAUUAAGCUGGCUUGUCCUGCAAUAAAUGAAGAAAUAGUAAAUAGACUUCGAGGUCACUAUGUUGAACUGUCAAUGGACAAGUAUGCUAGUAAUGUCGUGGAAGAUCUGUUGCGAUUCUCAACUCAGAAGAAUGUUGUUAUUAUAGUUCAAGAAAUAACGAGUAGCCCUAGCUUUGUGUACCUUCUUCAAGACCCAUUUGGCAAUUAUGUUGCUCAGAGAGCCUUGGAAUGUUCUCAGGGAGCUCUAUAUGAUAUGUUGGUUAGCACAAUUUCGAGACAUCAUGAAAGUCUCCGUACUAAUCAAUAUGGGAAAAGGGUGUUAGCAUUUAUGUACGGAGGAAAAUGGAUUUGGAAUAAUGCAUUUGUAAAAUGUGGAUCGCGGGCAAAUCAUUAA